AUGGCUGGUGAUGCCUCUGCAACAGCCUCUUCGAGUCGAAAGAGGAGAAGGUCAGACGAUAGCCAGUCAGACAGAGACUCUGCGGACGAGCUUGGGGCACAAGUUAGGGCUGCGAGGAAUAUCAGAAGAGACGAUACCUUUUACUUGGAAGACGGGAGCUGCGUUCUUCUGGUAGAGAAUACUUUAUUCAACGUGCGUGACGAGCGACUUGUUCAUCGAACUAUGCUUUCAAAGGACGGCUCUUCUUUCAAGACAAUGUUUACCUUGCCUCAGGGUGGCGAACCGGCUGAAGGGACCUCUGACGACAAUCCCGUAUCUCUGACGGGAGAUAGCGCUAAAGAAUUCAAAAAUUUCCUCGGGGCACUAUAUGCCUUACCUCCGGAAAUGCGAGCUCUAGCGACGGACGUCUCCAAGCUCAUCGACAUUGCCCGCAUAUCAAACAAGUAUGCCUUCAAGUCGCUGGAAACAUGGGCCCUUGACGCUAUUCAGGAAUACAUCAACCACCGUCCGAGUCCCAUGCCCACUUUCCCCUUCUCAUUCUUCACACAACCUUCACUAACAGCGACACCUAUCUUAUUCGGUUCUGAACCCGAAACUAUCACUCAGCUGACUCGCUUAAUGCGCCUGGCACAGAUGUGCAACCACGAACGGCUGCUCAACACGAUGAUUGGUUUGUUGAGGCAGCUCAUGACCACUUCCCCACGUUACGCCUAUCUUGCCAUGUCUCUCUCAGACGAACUUGCUCUCCGGUCUCUACGCGGCGAGGCUUACUUGGAGGUCAUGCAUAAGCCUGUAGUGGUCAAGAAAGGCCCUGCAGACCUAGGCGACGUCGACGAGGAGGGCCGGUUGAUCAUCAGUUCUACAGAACAGUUACGACUACUAACGGGCUACUAUCGCCUAUCGAGAACGUGGGAGAGACUGAGACUGACCGCCCCUCGUAUCGACCACUCUCCCUCCUGCAAUGCGACUUGGCAUCAGCCUUCAUGUUCCCAAAGUUGGGUCGAGUUCUGGAAGGAGAAGACGAGGGGCGAUGCCGUACUUUCUUUAGGACUGGCGGAUGUACUGGGGAGACUCAAACAAGUACAAAAGGACUUUGAUCGUUGGGGCAGCGCUACAUACAUGCAUCAGGACUGCCGGCUAGCCGCCCGACGGAGUAUUUUACAUAUGAUCAAGACAGUGGAAGACGCGCUGCCGGAUUACUUUUCGGAAGACAAGGACGAUGAUUGA